GCAAUUUGACGCAUUGUGAAUUGUGAUGCAUAUUUAUACGACCUAACCUGAUCUUUAGCUUGCUGUUGAGAUUAAUUUGCGUCUAACAAUCGCAAUUUGAAGAUUAUUGAUUAUUUUUCAGCACGUGCUCGAUUUCUUUCUACAAUGAAUCUACCUCGAGUACUGAUUGUUAGUACGAAGGAAGGGAAGGCUAAGGAAAUCGCAGAAAGCAUAGGAGCAGAACGUCUAUCCGAGGAAGACGAGAUUGUCAACUACUUAUGGAACAUUGACAACAAGUAUUAUACAUCACAAGUCUUGGUGUGUGCUGUAGAAAACUUGUCCCUUACAGUUCCAGUGGAAGAAGUCGACGCAUUGAUCAUAUACCACGACCCACAGGCAGAUAAGGUUGACGAGGAGCUGGAGCAAUUGGCAUCCUUUACUACUUUGUUGACAGCAGCGGAGGUUCUGUUGUUUUCCUGCAGUUCUAUAUCAAACUCGCCUUUGCGAGAUAAAAUUAUAAAUUGGUGUUUGCACAAGAAAUUUGAAUUGGUUGAGUUGGAACCAAUAGGAGAUUUGGAAUGUGAUACAGAGGGUAACAAAUAUGGCAUUGAGAGGAUCAUAGAAGCUCUACAUGCUCACAUGUGGCCUAAUAUUGUACUUAAAGACAAAUCAUGUACAGGGCAAGCACUGGAAGUAAAUGACAUUGAAGAGCAAUUUGAAAAUAUUCGAUUAACGCGUGAUCCUUCGGAAACAUUACGCAUGCAAGAUAUGCUUGAUGGCAUUAUGGGUGACGAAAAUGUGGACUUUGGGGAGUUGUACGGUCAAUUAAUGGCUAUGAGGGAACACGCGGCGUCCUUACCAACAAACGAAAGGCGCCUAGUGGCAGAACAAGUAGUCACCGCCUUUUGGAAAGCUAUGGGUGGUGAUCUUUUAGAAAUCGAAGAUUAAAAAGAUUCGUUGUACUAUAUUAGCUAUAACUCGCUUUAAUUUUUCGAUUCUGAAUGAUUUGUACGAAAUUUGUAUAAAGACUGGUGACGAUGUGCGCAUCAAGAAUAUGUAAAUGAAAGAAAGCGUUCUAAAAAAAGUUUCACAUAUAACUUAAAUGUAUAGUAUUUCAUGUAUAAUAUAAAGGUAGAGUAUUUUAUGUAUUGUUAAAAUCAUAUGUCUUUUAAAUAGUAAUUGAUAUGUGUAUUAACACUCUGUAUAUUGUAUUUUGGCACUUUCUCUAUAUACAUCGGAUCACAAGUCAAUUUUCAUUACUCUUACAAGUCUAAAAAUUCUCUCGUUAUUCUUAAAGUGUUUAGAAAAUAUUUGUAUGAUUAUUUAAAAAGUUAUAUAUAUAU